UCCCCGGCCCCGCCCCCGCCGCGCCCGCCCCGAGCGCCCCCUCCGGCGCGCUGGUGCUCACUGUGGCCUCUGGGCCCCUCCGCCCCGUCGCCACCAUGCGGGCCUGGCGCGUGGCCUUCGUCGUCGUCUGUCUGUCCGUCUCCUUGGCCGCGGUGGUCCAGAGAGCAUCUGCGGACUCCAGUGCUGAUGUCAAGCCGAAGAAUGACGUGAAGGGCCCCUCCUCCGUGAGGCAGAGACGAGACCUUUACGGCACCACAACUCGGAGACCAGCCACAACCAGAGCUCCGGCAAAGCCUGCAGGUUUAGAUUUUGACUUGGCUGAUGCCUUGGAAGAUACAGAUGAUAAGCAGAAGAAGCCGAGCAUGGGGGCAGGUGAAGGAGCAUUUUCAGACAAGGACCUUGAAGACAUUCUGGGCGAUAACUACAAGCCGGACAAGGGUAAAGGCGACGGCCGCUCCAGCAGUGAAGACAGCCCCGAAUCCGGAAUGCCAGCCGAGACGGGCACUAUCGCGGGGGUGGCCAGUGCCCUGGCCAUGGCGUUGGUGGGCGCCAUCUCCAGCUACAUCUCCUACCAGCAGAAGAAGUUCUGCUUCAGCAUCCAGCAUGCAGCCGAAGGUUCAGAGGGUGUCAAUGCUGACUACGUGAAGGGCGAGCACAUGGAAGCUGUGGUGUGCGAGGAGCCCCAGGUGAAAUUCAGCGAGGUGCAGGCCUCCGCUCCCCCCCAGCCCCGGAUCUGAGCCCUGCCACCGUGGCCCCUGCUCCUGUAAUGUCUCUGGCUUCUCUCGCCCCACGCCUGACCGAAGAGCGGGCUGCCCGCUCCAGCCUGGCCCACGGACUCGCGCUGCCCGCUGCCACUUUCUCCCAGCCCUUAGCAAGCACGAUUGUGAAUCCAAGUCGCUGUGAGCCCCGCGCUCUGACUGCCUUCUGCCGCUGGGUGCCCCCAGUGCUGACUGCACAGAGGCGUGCUGGGGGCCGGGUGUGCAGGUUUGCUCAGAUCAUGUCACCAGUCCCUGCUCUGUGUCUGUGCCAGGCUCCGGGCCCCCUGGUGGGGUGUCAGCAUCUCUGCAGCCGGUUACCACGUUCCUGCCGGCGUGGUGCGAGUGUCCCUCACGCUCACAGCUCACAGGCCCCUAGACACCCUGCCCUGCCCAGCAGGUGCCAUGAGCAGGCACUUCCGGAAGCAGAAUCCGAGUGACCGGAAGAGCAGGGACCUAGCUGCAAGGCUCAGGGGACUGUGAGUCAGGGGCGGCCCCGGAGCGCGGGCUGCCACGUCUGAAGUCAGAUCACUCAUGAUAUCGGACGUGCCGCAUGUCCCAUUAAAUGAAGUGUGUUAACGUGUCA